UCUGGAACGACUGUUCCAUUUAUUUCUGUUUUCGAUUCAUCCCCGAGCCGUGUCGGUUUUUGUAUCGAUGCUUUAAUAAUAGUAUAAUGUAACCUAGUAUUGAACCGGAAACGUCUGGUCGGGCAUCCCGCACAUUUAUUUUCUUGUAAUUUCAUGGCUUUCUUUAGUCCACACAGUUCUUUUACCAACUUUUUGGUCGUAACGUCUACUACGAUUAAAACGGUUAACUGGCAAGGCGUUGUUCUUUGAAUUUGUAUGAUUCCACCAAUUCCUGAACUAUGGCCCAUCACAGUAAAAGAACUGUAUAAGAACUAUACAACCGCCAUAAAAUAUGACCACAAGAACUAGUUCACGUAUCAAAAAGUUAACACAACCAGCGAUGGAAAUUUACGAAGAAAAUGUUCAAAAGUUCAAAAACACUGUUAAUCCACUUUUUGAUGAAAUUGAAUCUAUUACUCUAAUUGAUAUACCGAAGGGUGAUGUUAAACGUCUUAAAGCAGUGGAACGGGACUUUCUAACUAAGAAGAAAGUAUUAGAGGCAAAUGCUAGUGAUUUUUCAAAUUAUUUGUCAAGAACAUGUACAGUAGAAAGUAACAUUGAGAACAUUUCACUCAAGAAGAAAAUUUCUUCUAUAGAAUUUAAUGUACAAGAAUUCUUGUGUAAACUUAAUGAAUCCAUACAAGAAAUUGAGGAUAAUAAAACAGAAGUGUCUUCAGUUGCAUCUGGUAGUUCUCGGAUAUCAGCUCAUUCAUCCGUAAUAUCAGUCAAGCUGCAGGCUGAAGCAGAGGCGGCUAAGACGAAAGCGCUAUUCGCUGAGAAGGAAGCUCAAUUAAAGAGAGAGAAAGCUGAAUUUGAAGAAAAUGAGGCAAUUAGAAGAGCUGUUGCUGAAAGGAGGAAAGCGGAAUUGCAAACGGAGCUGCAGCUACUGAAAACGAAGGAAGAAGAAGCAAUUGCCAUAGUAAAGGCAGAAACUUUCGAAGGAAGUGUGCAUUCUAUUGGUAAUAAGUCGGUACUUUCGAAACUUUCCUGUCGUUCUCCAUCAUCUCAGGAAAAGGUUGCAACUUUUUUAGAAAAUUCUUCUAAAGUGUCAGAACAGCAAAACAUUUUAAAGGUGCAAAAUGUACAGUCAGAAAAACAAACUUUAAUCCAUGAUGAUAGUUCAUUUCUUAUUCCGCCUGAGUUUGCACCACCACCACCUACAACAGAGCAACCAUCACUCUUAGUCGAAAGCAUAAAUGACUUCAGUAAAUACUUGCUUAAAAAGGAACUUCUACUGAACAGGUUAUACCGGUAUGACGAAAAGUGUGAAAACUAUCUGAUGUGGAAGACAAGUUUCAGAACUGUAAUGAGUGAGCUUGACGUGACAGCAUUUGAGGAAUUAGACUUGAUGAUUAAGUGGCUAGGUCCAGAGUCCUCCAGACAGGCAUCUAGUAUUCGCGCGUCAUGUGCUGGCAGUGCUGAAUCUGCAAGAUCACGAAUUUGGGAUCGUCUAGAUGAGAGAUAUGGAGCAGCAGAAAGAGUUGAAAUUGCUUUAAGGCAAAGGCUGCAGGCUUUUCCUAGACUUAAUCCUAAAGAUUCAAAAGCACUUUAUGAGUUGUAUGAUUGUGUGUCAGAAAUUAAAUUUCUGAAAGAUAACCCCAAGUACAAAGACAUGUUUUCUUUCUAUGACACGUCGUAUGGUGUUUCUCCCAUCGUGGCCAAGCUUCCCAUACAUCUACAAGAGCGGUGGACGGUUAAAGCUUCAGAGUACAAAAUCAGACACAGUGUGCCGUACCCACCAUUUUCAUUCUUUGUGGAAUUUCUGAACUUGCAAUGCAGGAUGAAGAAUGAUCCUAGCUUUGUGUAUGAAAUGACAACUAGCAUAGCCACACCUCAGGCCCAGAAGCGAUCCCUGGGUGUCAGAGUGAACAAACUGAAUGUGGACACAAACCAAAGUACUUACACACCAAGUAGGCAAGCAAAAUUCAAGUGUCCAUUACACAACUCCAACUCUCACAUGUUAGCGUCAUGUAGGGACUUUAAAAGGAAAAGUUACAUUGAUCGAAAGAAGUUAUUGAAAGACAACUUUCUGUGUUUCAAGUGUCUUGAUGAUUUCCAUGGCUCAUGUCAUAAAGAAUUGAAAUGCAGUGAGUGUGGCAACAACCACCACACGGCCAUGCACUUUACUCCAGCAGUGUCGUCAAAGUAUGGCGGGGAGCCUCAGCAGCGGAAUAGAGUACCUGUUCCCCAAGGUGUAACAAAUUCUUCAUCCGUGAACAGUUCAUGCACUCAAGUUUGCGGUACCCCUGGCUUUGUCGGGAAGUCGUGUGCUAAAAUAGUUUUGGUGGAAGUUUCUAGCAAACAGACAGGACUGAAAAUGCAAACGUACGCAUUGAUUGAUGAUCAAUCAAAUAGAUCGUUGGCUUCACCUACACUUUUCGAUGAAUUGAAUGUCAAGGGUGAUGUUGUUGAAUACUCAGUUAAUACGUGUAACGGCAUUGAAGUGAAAAAUGGCAGAAAAGCCACUGAUCUAGUUGUAACAAGUGUUAAUGAAAAUAGUGUUUCAUAUGAUAUGCCAUCAAUGCUCGAGUGUGAAGUGCCUAACAACAGAGAUGAGAUUCCUACGCCAGAAGUCGCCCUGGCGUACUCCCACCUGAAGGAUCUAGCGCCACACAUCCCACCAGUCGAUCCCUCAUGUAGUGUCAACCUUCUGAUUGGAAGAGACCUUAUAGAAGCACACCAUGUGAUGGAUCAGAAGAUUGGGGCAUCAAAUAUGCCAUAUGCUCAUAAACUUCCAUUGGGCUGGGUUAUUGUGGGCGAGACUUGUCUCGGUAGUUCGCAUAUUACAAACAAUGUAAAUGUAAAUAAAACCUACAUUGUAGGUGAUGGGAGAGCCUCUAUCUUGCCACCAUGUUCGAGUAAAUAUGUUGUGUCUGAAAAAUGUGAAAAUGACAAUGUUGAUCAAAAUAACUGUUCAAGCAUGUAUAUCAUUGAUAAUGGUAGAUAUUCACUGUUUAUGCCAUGUAACAAUGUUCAUGAGUUAGAUUGUAUGACUUAUGAUUUUGUGUUCGCAUCUUCUGUCCGUGAUGAGAAAGCGUCAUUGUCCAUUGAAGACCGAGAGUUUCUGUCCAUUAUGGACAGUGAAUUCACACUAGGUUCCGACAGUAAAUGGUCCGCCCCACUUCCAUUUAAGUCACCACGACCCAAGCUUCCCAACAAUAAAGCCCAAGCUUUUCAAAGAGCCAAAUCCCUCCAAAAUAGUCUGAACAAGAACCCUGUUAAGAGACAGCAUUUUGUAGACUUUAUGGGUAACCUGCUUUCUAGUGGUCAUGCAGAACUUGCUUCUAAGCUAGCAGAUGAUGCUGAGUGUUGGUACUUACCUAUCUUUGGAGUCUACCAUCCCAAAAAGGUUGAUAAAAUUCGUGUUGUCUUCGACUCAGCUUGUCAGUAUAAUGGUGUGUCGCUCAAUUCUGUGUUGCUCCAGGGUCCAGACCUAGCAAAUAGUCUGCUUGGUGUCUUACUAAGGUUUCGUAGGGAACAGAUAGCAGUUUCAGUUGAUGUAGAGCAAAUGUUUUACUGUUUCGGUGUCAAAGAGUGUGACAGAGAUUACCUUCGGUUUCUAUGGUAUGAAGAUAAUGACCCCUCAAAAUCUCUAGUUGAGUAUCGCAUGUGUAAACACGUGUUUGGGAAUAGCCCAUCUCCAGCCAUAGCAAAUUAUGGUCUGCAGAAAUCAGUUGAGAAUUCUGACGAAGAUGUCAAAGAGUUUGUUCGGAGAGACUUUUAUGUGGAUGAUGGUCUUACUUCUUGUCCUACGGUUUCAGAAGCCAGGAGUUUGAUUGAACGUACCCAAGCUUCACUAGCAGGGAAGGGAAUUCGGCUUCAUAAGAUAUCUUCAAACGUCCCAGACGUUAUGAAAGGGUUGUCUCGGGAAGAUUUGUCAACAGACUUGAGCCGUCUGGACUUUGAUCUUGAGAGUUUACCUACUCAGCGUAGUUUAGGACUUCAGUGGGACUUGAAUAAGGACUACUUCCUGUUCGAUUGUCAUAUACAAGAUAGACCCGUCACGAAGAGAGGCCUUCUUUCAAGCAUUCAUAGUGUGUUUGAUCCUAUCGGCUUUUUGUCGCCAAUUUUGAUCAAUGGCAGGCUGAUUUUAAGAGAUGUAAUCGCUAGCGGUAUAGAAUGGGAUUUACCUCUGACCACAGAAUUUGAGGCCAAGUGGUACAAUUGGCUAGGCAGUUUAGCAGAUUUGGAGUGUGUGAAAGUCAGUAGAAGUCUGUUCAAUGUGUCACUUUCAGAAAUGUCCAAUCCUGAACUUCAUGUAUUCUCAGAUUCGUCAGAAAAGGCAAUAGCAGCAGUAGUGUAUGUGGUAGGGUGUUCCAGUGCUGGUGAGAAAAAGGCCAGUUUUGUGAUGGGUAAAGCUAAGGUCGCCCCAGCUAAAGGUCAUACUAUUCCUCGUUUGGAACUUUGCGCUGCUGUUUUGGCCACAGAGCUGUACACUUUAGUUUCUGAGAAUCUUGGUGUCAAUAUCGCCGAUACUCAUUUCUAUACAGACAGCAGAGUAGUGCUAGGUUACAUAGGAAACCAAACCCGUAGGUUCCAUACUUACGUCAGUAAUAGAGUUCAAAAGAUCAGACGUGUAAGUUCUCCAAAGCAAUGGAGAUAUGUAGCAACAGACAAAAACCCUGCAGACAUCGGUACUAGAGGAGCCAGUCCCAAAGAAUUGCAGGAUGGCUUGUGGUUGUCAGGUCCAACUUUCCUUUGCACUCAGGAAACCCCAAUGUCGAAUGAGUUCUUUCCACUUCUAAACCCACAAUUAGAUGUUGAAGUUCGCACAGAUGUUGUUACCAUGAAAACGUCUGUUGGUAGCAAUGCUCGCUUGGAAACAGACCGUUUUGAGCGCUUCUCAUCUUGGAGUAGAUUACUGCUUGCUCUAAGUGUUCUAGUGCAUGUUGUUUCGUCUUUCAAGAAGUGUUGUAGUCAGAGAGGUUGGCAUAGAUGUUCCAUCUCUAGUUCCCCAGAGAGUAAGUCUAGAGCUACUGAGGUUGUGCUCCGAGAAGUUCAGUAUGAUUGCUUCAAAGCAGAAGUUGAUGCUCUUUCCUCACAGAGCCCUGUAGGUAGUAGUAGUACUCUGGUUGCAUUGGAUCCAUUUCUGGAUGAUGUAGGAUUGCUGCGAGUUGGUGGACGCCUGCGUCAGGGUGACUUUCCAAUAGAAGAGAAACACCCCAUAAUCUUAGCCGCAAAACACCAUGUCACUAAGUUGCUCAUACGUCACUACCAUGAAUCCGUUCAGCACCAAGGGCGCUUAUUCACUGAAGGUGCAGUAAGGCAGGCAGGUUAUUGGAUUGUUGGAGCCACACUUAUGGCAGAGGUUAGCGCAAUAAUCAAUUCUCGCCCCAUAGUACCUGUAUCCACUGACCCAGAGUGUCCUGAAGUUUUGAGUCCAUCUGCACUUCUCACUAUGAAACUUGAUCUUGACCAACAACCAGUUGAUGAAAUGUCCCUUAAGGACCUGUACAAAGACCAAUGGAAAAGGGUCCAGAUUUCACAUUUCCACGCUUAUACUAGCCAGACAGAGGCGCAAGUCGCAGACAUCAGCGAGGAUGUGCUAGUUCCGUCGAUUACUAAAUUUGGAUAG